AUGCUUUCCUUAAAAGAUGGGCCUGUAAUGUUAAAUGCGCAAGAAUGGGAAGUAAUAGAAGAUAUUAUCCCCAUAUUAAAACCAUUUGAAGUAAUGACUACUGAGUUAUCAGGAGAGAACUAUCCGACAUUGGCAAUGGUUAUUCCAUUAGUAAGAGGUUUACACAUUUCUCUAGUAUCAAAACAAACGAGAACAUACUUAGGUCAGCUACUCAAGCAAAAAUUGCUGGAAAAUUUAAACAGUCGUUUUAAACUCAUUGAAGAGCAAAAUCCUAAACCUGAGUUUUCAAGAGCGACUCUACUUGACCCUCGUUUUAAAAAAUUGGCAUUUCAGCAUACAAUUAAUGCUGAAAACGCAGAAAAGAGUAUUACAGAUGAACUAUCUUUACUUAUCAGUGAACAUUUGAAUGAAGAAAAUUCUAAUAUUUCUGAAACUCCUGAAAUUCAAACCAUCUCUAAUAAUGAAGCUGUCGAUUUAUGGAGUUUCUUGGAUGAUAAACUGAAUACAGAACGAACUCAAGUUACAUCAGAAAUCAAAGCCAACCGAUUUUUGGAUCAAACACAAAAUACUGCUGGGUGA